AUGGCAAAAAGAGUUUGUGUUGAUGGAGAAGACAGAAUAUCAGAAUUGCCUGUGCAUAUCAUUCAUCACAUCUUAUGCCGCACUGACCUCGACGUCGAAGAGGCAGCGAUAAGUUGUAUGUUGUCCAAGAGAUGGCCCCUUGAAAACUAUGUCAAGUUGGCUGAUCAAUCUCUGCGAUCCCAUGUCGAAAAAAACUUACAUCUUGAACAAUUCAUCCUUACAUAUAAUGGUCAAGAAGUGGAUCCUCACGUGGAUACUUGGAUUGAAUUGGCGGUUAAACUCAACGUCACAGAGCUGGGAAUUCACCGUUUCGGUUUAACAUCAUAUAACUUACCUGAUGUUAUUUAUGAUGCUAAAAAGCUGACAACAUUGCAGUUAAGCAGGUGCAAUUUUGAAUUUGACAAAGGAUUUUCUUGUCUUGAGUCUCUUUCUUUGAAUCAUGUCCAUAUUUCAGAUGCCCAAUUACAAAGAGUUAUCGACAGAUGCCCAUCUAUCAGGACUCUAAGGUUACAGUGUUGUCAGGGUAUAAGCAAAUGUCAUAUUUUUGGCCUAGUACAUCUCAAGUAUUUCGAUGCUAGUUACUGCAAACUCCAUAGUGUCAUAGUCCAAGCUCCAUAUCUUCAAUGCUUUAGAUAUACAGAACCUACUGAACAGGGCAAUCCUCAUCCUUGCGAAAUUGCUAUUUUGGAUGGUUACAAUACUUUACAAACACUCAAGCUCACUGGUGCCACCAUCACAGACCAACAGUUUCGGGAUGUAUCCUAUAAGUUCCCAAACAUUUCAGAAUUGGAUCUAGCAAGAUGCUUUAAGCUGAAAAAUAUAGAGAUCCAGAGUGAAAAACUCAAGAAAUUCACCUUAUUAGAAGAGUUGAACAGUCUGGAAAAAAUCACGAUUCAAGCUCCAAAUUUAUUGAAAUUUGAUUUUCAUGGUAGUAAAAUGCCCUUCACAUAUAUGGAUACUUCUUCCCUAGAAAGUGCCCGGCUCAAUUUCUUCUUUCCCGGCACAAACUUUGGAUCAGUGGACAGGAGUUGGUACACGAGCCUUCAUCACUUUGUGCAAAAGUUCAACUAUUCUAAAGAUUUCAUAUUAAUAAUAUUUUGCCACCAGACCAGAAGCAUCCUUAUUUAUGAAAAUCUAAGAGAAAUUGUUAUUCCACCAAGUCAUAAAGUCGAGAUAUUCAUUGCAUCCAUGCUGCGUGUUGAAUGGAUCAUUGAAAUAAUAAUGUUCGACUGUCCCUAUAUCAUAUCCAUACUUCCAUGUACAGAUAGCAAAGCACUACAGGCGAUGUCUACACUAAAAGGGUGUAUACAAAAGCAAAAUUGUGGCAAAGAAUGUCCAUCCGAUACCAUCUGGCAUCGUAACUUAAAAGAAGUCAUCAGUUGUACUGGGACAUCUGAGGAGGGAAUGGCUGCCUCCAUGUGGUAUCUCUGGUUGAAAUCCACGUCUUUAUUUGAUCAAGUGAAUAAUUUCAUGUUAAAAUGGAAAGAUGAAGCCUAGACCGAAGAGUUUGGGGGAAUUCAGCAAAUAGAGUUAAUUAGUGUGUUGAGAAGAAGUAUGAUUUAUUACAUAUCUGUAGUUUAGUUGCAGUUGUUAAAUAUCGUCACCCCAGCUUCAGCAAUAAUUGUUCUUUCCUAAUAAAAUAGAACAGAAUUUUAACUCUUGCUAUUGGUAAUG